UAUCAAUACAGUCAAUACUGGAUCGAUCCGUCGACCUCUGCUAUUUUGUGGACACAUUACACGCGCUUCGAGCAUAAACGAACCCUGAGAUUCCCAGCCCUACUCCCAAUACUUGAUGCGGCCCAGCCUCACUCAGACUCUACCUCCAGCGGCCCCCAGGUUGCUUCAACCCAGUCUCCAUUCUGCCACCAGGCACGAAGUCUCCCAGGAAGUCUGAAGGCUUAGAAAGCGGCCCAAAGGAACCUCGCCUGGCACCACAAAAUAGAUUUUAAAAUAACGAGGAGGAGUAAUGACUACACAUCCAUUCUGUUGUAUUGUGGUUGACAUGAAUGACACCGUUACCGGCUCCUCCUGGUAAAAGAAAGGUGACAUGGAUAACCAAAAGAAGCCAUCCAGUUCCCCCAACACUGGAAGCUUGGUGUACUGGUCCUCCUCAUUUCUACGGCAACCAGCCCGGGCCCUGAUUGUAGAGGCACUGCCGCCCUGGUGGUCCAUCACCUGCCCAGUACUCUGCGAUGCCCUUGAUAACUUCUUGUCCCUGGCCUGUAGUCUGGAUGGACCCUGUAGGCUCCCACACCUCAGCUUGUACUCCAUCAGCAAGCAGCAGGAAUGCCUACUCCCAUUUGUGCAAGUUCGCGGUAACCUGGCCAGGUUGCGUUCCUGCGUGGAAGAGCUGAGGUCAAUACCGAGUGAAGGCUGCAGCAGAGGAGUGGUCAGAGGAGGCGAGAUGCUGCGACAGGCGGUGCUGGACAGCCUACAGCAGUUUAAACAGUACAUGAAACAUAUCGGGGCCAACAGCCAGGCCAACCACAACACAUGUGUAGAGGUUACCGUGGUGACCAGCCGGCCAGGUCGAGGCGUUGUUCACCUUUUGGAGAAAGGGCUGACAGAUGCUGACCUGGUGCCACUCAAACGUCUUUUGGUGGUGCAGCUCCACAGUGAGGCAGAGUGUGAUCAAGAUGCACCCUCACCUGAAGCCUCUAGUGAUGCUAGUCAAGAUCAUCUGAUGUUAGUGGACCUGCAGCAGGUGGACAACAAUGUGAUUGCAGUGGAGUCCAUGUUAAAAGCAUGGCUCCAAGAGCAAGGCGGGGACAAGGAACACCUCAACCUUCUUCUGCCCACCCCACUGGAGAAUGCCAUUCCAGUGUGCAUUAAGUGUGACAAGCAGGAGCGUCUGAUCAGCCCCGCCCUCAUCCCACUGACGCCCCACCUCGGAGUGAAGACGGAGAGCAUUCGUGACUCUAUGUCUGUCUCUAAGGGCUCAGCCAAUGAGAGCCAAAUACCACAGAAGCUGAGAGCAAUCAAAGCCCUGCGUGCUGAUGGCGUGUGUGAAAGCCUGUUGUAUGGCCUGCCGUUGGUGAUCCACCCCACCACCUGCUGGCAGCUGGAUUGGGAUGAGAUGGAGAGCAACCACAACUUGUUUCAUGCUCUCUGCUACACACUACAGAGUCGUGACAUGUUCCUGCUGCUACAGGCAGAAUCCGCACAGAGGCUGACACCCGGAGGCUCAGGUAUGUUUUCUCACUAUGUCCUCCAGCCCUCAGCAUCUCUCUCCUGCCUCCUGAAGCCAGUGAUCUCCAGAGAACUGUUGUUGCCUUGCACACAGUCUCUGCCAGCGCAGGAGCCCGCACCCGAGGCUAUGCAGGUCAUACAAAGCUGCUUCACCCAUUUGGAUGAGGAGUGCGUGUUCAAUCCCCUCUCUUUGAGCAGCAACCUGUACCAGCACCUCAGGAGCCAAGGCCUCCUCAACCAGCCUCGAUAUCACUACAGGCUGCAGUCGGCUACCCACAGACACCAGCAUCAACCACCAGAUGGCGGUAAAUCCACAGCCAGCAGACAACCCCGGCAGCAACAAAACCAAGCACGUCAGUUGGGAAUGAAAAGCAAGGUCAGGGCCACUGUGUCCCCUAUGCCCUCUUCUUGUUCUUCCUCACUGGGACUCCCGCCUGCCAAGGGCUCUCGUCCCAUUUUGACCUUCCUGAGUGGUGGCAGCCAUCAGGCCUCAGCCCCCGCUCAUCAGGAGCGGUGCGACGACAGCUCUGUGGUGAGACUGGAAGAGGACUGAUGGGUGAGUGGUGGAAAGCUCAAAUUCGGAGCAAUACAGAUACUAGUUGGAGUACAUUUAGCACACCUUCUGGCUACUAUUUAGUGACAAGAAGUGUUUCCUUGACACACACAGCACACACACACACCACGCUAUCUACAUUGUGAGGUUUUCUAAUAACACCUCUGUCAAAAGAAGCAAAAGCCACUAAAUAUCUGGGUCAGCUGACUUAAUUCUUCCACUCAUCACGAGUCAAAUGUCAGCACACUGGCUUAGAAUACUGUUUGUGCAUGUGUGACAAAGGAACAUUAGGACGUCUUCCUAAUUCCACCCCAUAAACAAGAAAAAGAUGAGAAGAAGGGAAACAGCAAGACAACAGACACAAAGGACGAGAGUGUGUUAAAAACAAAUGAUAAAUUAAAGGGGGAUUAAAAGUGUGUAACACACAAGCCUUAUACGGGAAAAGGACAUUUCCAAAUGGUAUUGACAUAUAGAUAUUAACAUUGGUCUUAACACAGCUUUGCUGUUAAAGAGACCCAGAAAAAAAGUAGCGCACGAGAGGAGCCUCUAUGCUCUCUUUCACCACCGUUCAGAGCUCUCUCUUAGGGGGUUGAAAGGUGCCGUACCACGGGAUGAAUGGAGGCAUCAGAUUUUUUUUUUUUUCAGUGUACUUUUGAAAAUUGGGAAUAUGACAAAAUCUUUUCUCCAGUUGAGUGUGUGUGUGUGUGUGUGAGAGAGAGAGAAAGAGAGAGAGAGAGAGAGUGAGAUGUGUUUGAAAUGGAGUCAAUGCAAGUUCAUGCUUUUACGCAACAGACCCAUUUUGCAAGUAUUUUCACGCACGUUAAGUAAUUGACUCAUUCUCCUAUUGGUGCGUUGCUCUCAUCCAGUAUCACUAAUUGUAUAUUCCUCACAUAAGAGCCUCAUCUCUCACACACACACACACACACACACACACACACACAGUCAGGCUUUAAUCAGUCUCCCGCCAUUCCACCCC